AUGGGUGGGGAGCCGUGUUUCUUUGCUGGGGAUUUCAAUGUAAUUCGGUCGGAUAUUGAGAGGUGUGGUGGGCGUCCGAGGAAUAGAGUUGCAAUUGAUGAGUUUAAUAAAUGGAUUCAUCAGGGUGGGUUGUUGGAAAUGAAUUCACAAGGUGGUAAGUUUACAUGGUGUAAUGGUCAGCAAGGUUUAUCUAGAGCUUGGGCAAAGCUGGAUAGAGUUUUACUUGAUGCAAAUUUUCUAUCUCUUUUUCCGACUGCUCAUUGUUUGUAUCUUCCUAGGACUACAUCGGACCAUUGUCCUAUGGUUAUAGAAUUUUUAAGUGAUCCUUUCUCUUAUGGUCCACCUCCAUUUCGUUUUCAGCAAAUGUGGGUUGAGCAUCCGGAUUUUAUGACUCUUGUUCAAACGAUUUGGUCUGAAUCGGUUAUUGGUUCGGGACUGUUUAAAUUAGCUACUAAACUUAAAAAACUUAAGGUGGCAUUGCGUGUAUGGAACAAGAGUGUAUUUGGGAGAACUAAUACUCAGAUUGCUAUUCUUGAAGAUAAGAUUGAGAAUCUGGAAAAUUUGUUGCAGAGAGGUUGGGAUGCUGAUAUUGAAAGGGAAUUAGUAAGGACUUCUAAUGAGUUGUCUUCUUGGAGGAUUAGGGAGGAUAUUAGAUUGGCACAAAUGGCUAAAAUUAAGUGGAGAAUGGGUGGUGAUAGGAAUACAAAAUUUUUUCAUGUGUGGUUAUCUAAUAAAAAGCAUAGGAAAAUUCAUCAGUUAAGAACCUCGAAUGGGUUGGAGUUUAAUUCUCCGGAAGCAAUUCAUCUUGGAGCUGUUGAUUAUUUUUCUGAUUUUCUUCAAAGAUCUAAUCCGGUUAGGGAGGUGCCUGAUUUAUCUAGUUUAAUUUCGUCGGUUAUUAAUGAUGAGGAUUGUGUCCGGCUUUGUGGGAUCCCUUCGUUGGUUGAAGUGAAAGAGGCUCUAUCAACUAUUCCUAUUAAUAGUUCUCCGGCAUUCGACACUGCAGUGGCUGACAGAGUCGACUUCAUCUCCCUGAGCGUAGGCGUCGUCUUCUUACCAUAUUACCUCGACGCCAUCGCCAUUGCCGCUUUCAGAGCCUACGAUUUUGGGGUCUUCGUCUCCGCCUCAGCUGGUAACGGCGGUCCGGGGGGGCUCUCUGUCACGAAUAUUUCUCCCUGGGUGACUACGGUAGGUGCCGGCACCAUUGACAGGGAUUUUCCCGCCGAUGUCAAGCUGGGGAAUGGAAAAAUCAUACCUGGUGUAAGUGUUUAUGGCUGGCCGGCUUUAACUCGGAGAGGGAGAGGCAGAGACGAAGGGGAGUCGCCGUGCUGA